UUGAGGUGGUGAAAGCCGUGGCGGACUCACGGAAUUAGAAACCCAUUGAGAAGCCACCCUGCUCUCGACCAUUUCAACGACUUAGACCCGACUUCGCGAGAACAGCGUGUGCAACACCAGCAGCCAUGUCGUCGACACCCACGCCCGGGAAACUCCCCGUGUCGCAGCAGGGCCGGACGCCCUCGCAGCCGCAACACGGAGCUGCGGCGACUCCCCAAGUCUCAACGCCCUUCUCAGUCGCACAGGCCGCGUUUUCGCCCCAUGGGCCGCGGUCGUCGCCCCAGCAGGUAAAGAAAUCAUCGCCCGCGACCAUGGCUUCGGCGAACCUGGGCCGCCCCAGCGCGCCCGUGAACUUCGCCAGUCCGUCCGCUGACGCCGCCAUCGGCUCCAUGGAACUGGGAGCCGGCUUGGAUAUGGGCCUCCGCAGUCUCGGCACCUUGGGCAGAGCCAGCGACGACGAGAGGGCGAGGCGCUUGGACGCCGUCAUCUCCAUCCUCAGUCGGAAUAAAGGCCUCGUCAGUGAGGCCGGACUGGAGAGGCUGGUGCAAAAGCUCGAGCUGGAAUCCGUGUGGGAGAACUCCAUGGACAGCAGCGACAAGCGGACCCUCUACAUUGCCGGGUCCGCCCUAGAGCUUGUCGUCGAGUUUUCGAACAACGUCGUCCAGUCGGCCGUCCUGAGCUUCCCGGAGUCGGCCGAGAUCGUAAACAAACAUGCCAAAGCUGCCGGCGAGAUCCUUUGGAACGCACUGCGGCUUCGCGACGGCCAGAGCCCGCUGACCAAAUCACUGGCGCCCUUCGCCGCCAACUUUGAGCGCCUCGCUGCACUGGACAGGCUGAGCAUCAACCCCGGACUUAAUUUGUACGAGGCUGUAGCCGGCAUCUACGAGAGCCUCAGCCGCCUCCACACGUGGGAGCUGCAAAAACUUCGCCAGGAGCCCUCGCUCGAGGGCAAGAGCGACGCGGCCCUCGAGAACCUCGUCCUCUGCACGAAGAGCGGGACGCCGGCCAUGAACGCGAGAGGUCGCGUGGGCAUGACGCUCGACUACUGGCGGGAGAAGAGGCUUCAGCCGGUGCCCCCAGACUUGGCUGCGUGGGUGGACGAGCACGAGACCAUCUGGAGCAUCCUCAUCGGCUGUGCUCCGCUCAGGGAGAUUGGCGUCAGCCCGGUCCGCAUCUCAGACAGGUGGAUCGGCCCCAACGUCGAGAAAACUCCGCUUCCGGAUGAGCUGCAUACGGGUGGUCCAGUCAUCGACUGGCUGGAGCCCGACAGUACGCUUCUCCCCGCCUCUGAUCCGACAAGGCCCGAUCCGAUGCAGCCCGAUGCGUCACUGCUGGGGCCGCGCCUGCCCGAGGUCGUGUUCCACGCCACUUUCGAGCCUCCUGUCCAUAUCCCACUCAACCUAUGGCAGCACCUGCAAGAGCUAGGCUGUGCGAUGGACGAACCCGCUGGUGCGGACGUGCAGUCCUUUGACAGCCUCAUCGUUCCCUCUCCGCCAGGACAAGCCUCCGAUAUUACAGAGACGAGAAUCGUCACCUUCGACAAGAAAACGUCGUUCGCCCCGCCAAAUGACCCGACAAAAGUGUCGUCGAGGACUCAUGCGAAUACGCUCGUGGUCCAUAAGGCGGUCCUCAGUCGGACGCUGUCCGGGCUCGCCUUCUCACACCCGCAGCAGCUGGUUGCCGUGCUCCCCUUCCUUCGGCAGUACAUCUUUCUGGCCGUGCUGCUUGAACACAGCUUUAAGGAGGCGCCCAAUGCUGGUGCACUGGACGGGUCCCGGACAUCCUCCACCCCUAACGGCCGAACCGCUGCCACCAAGGACGCAACAACAUCUACUGCCACUACAGCAACAACAAACCAAGACGACCUCCACGAUUUGAUGGCCAAAGCAGCCGAGGAACCACCGGCCAGCGACGCGGGGAAGCCACUCAAGAUCGAUAUCUAUCUGACCCUCACCACCGUGCCAAGAUUGCAGGUCAUCUUCCCAUUCCGGAGUGAACACCAACUGGCUAGCGUCACGCUCGAGAUCCAAGAGAACGGCCGGGUGAGGGUAGUCGAGCAGAAUGUGCUCGACGACAGCAACAUGGUGGCGCCCAACGGCCGCCAGAGGCGCGUGGAGGACAUCGGGGCGCUGCUGGAAUAUUUUGAGGACAUUGGCAAAUGGGUUGAGUUCAUGAGGACGCGGUGGACAUGAGCUUCGCUCCUGUCUUUGCGCUACCUUUUCUUCCUCUCUCCCCGUCUUGGGAGGCAUGAUGUCGACGGGAGGAUCUCAGCAGCUCCAAGACAUGUACAGAAUACAGAAACG